CCGCCCCUGAAUGGCUCUGUGGAUGCCGGUGGCGGCAAUCGUGUAAGGCGGGUUCGCGCUGAGGAAAGCUUUGCGCCACGGGCCGAGUUUCUUUUGCCGCCCGCUUUCCUCUCCGCCCCCCCCGCACCUCUGCUGGGCCUGAGGGCCUCGCAGAGGGAGGAGGAGGGCAGGGCCUGAUGGCGGCCGACGUGGAUUCGUCUCUGGAGCUGAGCCUAUCCAACAGCUACGCGGGGCCCGGGUCUUUGCGGUCCGCGCGCUCCCGCAUUUUCAAGAUUAUCGUGAUCGGGGACUCCAACGUAGGGAAGACAUGCCUCACCUACCGCUUCUGCGCGGGGCGCUUCCCCGAGCGCACCGAAGCGACUAUCGGGGUGGACUUCCGCGAGCGAGCCGUCGAUAUCGGCGACGAGAGAAUCAAGAUCCAGCUCUGGGAUACUGCAGGACAGGAACGUUUUAGGAAGAGCAUGGUGCAGCAUUAUUACAGGAACGUACAUGCAGUUGUGUUUGUAUAUGAUAUGACAAAUAUUGCUAGCUUUCACAGUAUGCCACUGUGGAUUGAAGAGUGCAAGCAACACUUGCUCACCAGUGAAAUACCCCGGAUUUUGGUUGGAAACAAAUGCGAUCUAAGGAAUGUGAUUCAGGUGCCUACAGAUGUGGCUCAGAAAUUUGCUGACACUCAUGGUAUGCCACUGUUUGAAACUUCUGCUAAAAACCCAAAUGACAAUGAUCAUGUGGAAGCCAUAUUUAUGACAUUGGCUCAUAAGCUAAAGAGCCACAAACCACUCAUGCUUAGUCAGUUACCAGAAAAUACAAUUCACUUGAAACCAGCAUCAAAACCUACUAUGACAUGUUGGUGUUAACUUACAGUAUAUUUGCAUUCAACAUUGUAUUAUUCUCUUUGCCAGUGCUUUAAGAAUCUGCAAUGUUUUGAUUUAAUAAGAAUUAUCUUCUGUGCAUUUUAUUCAGUCGUUUUAUAUGUAGACAUUUAGUAUGUGCACUUGGUAAGCUGUAGCAUCUAAGUAAUGAUAAUAUUUAGGGAAUUAUUUUUGUUUUUAGGGAAUUUUUUAAUUUGUACAAAUAGAUUGUUUUACAGAAAAACUGGUCUCUUAAUUUUGAAAGCUUUUCUCCAGUAAAUGUGGAUAUUUUAAAUGUAUUAAGUCAGAUCUCUGCCUUUAUUGCUCAGUGUAAGAAUACUAUUUUUCUAUGGAGGCCCAAAAAUCAUUUUAAAAUUAUAAUCCUAGUUAUU